AUCUUGACUAUAAACCUGGCCAUAGAGAACAUACAUUUUAUAAAUACUGGCUUGCAUCCAGGCCCGAAGGGGCGACCCUAAAGGGUCAUGGCCAUACUGACAAAAAUGAUACUGCACUUUUAGAGGCAUACCAACCUGAAGAGAUUCAUUCUCAAUAUAUAAUCCAGGUGGCAGGAAAAGGUUAUACAGUGAUCGAUCAUCCUAUAGAAGUUUAUAGAAUGCCAAAUACACAUGAAUGUAUUGAUGGCAACAGGCCUCUUCGCUUGAUAAUUGACAUUGAUGCAAGACAAAAGCCCAACUCUAAUAAUCCUCAGCUUCCUUCUUUAGAUGGUGAAAAAAUUACCUGUGAAGAUUUGAUAUCUCAAAUUUUAGUCGCUUGCGCAGAUACAUUAUAUUCCACAUUGGACCUUAAAGGUUUUGUGGAAAAAGUCAUUGAAUCAGUUGGGGAACCCUAUUCCAAAUUUAUUGAUAUUGGACUUUACAAAUCCCACUUUAAUCUUCAGCUUCUUGGAUCAGCAAAAGAAGAACGUAUCAAAAGACCAGCUAUUUCCUCUGUUAAAAAUGGAUUUCAAAAAUUAGAAGAUUAUUUGGUUCAACCAAAAUCGGAUUAUUCCAUGAUCUGGCCACAAAUCUUUUCUUCUAAGGAGCCAGUAAAAGAAGAAUCCCGACCCAUUGACAAUGAAAAUGCUUUGAAUAAAGGUGCUAAUCUAGUUAUUGAAAAAUAUGGGUGGCUCCAGAUUGGAAAAAUUGGGAAUGGUUUUGUUAAUUUUCAAGCACAAUCCAUUAAAGAAUGCCCUAUAUGUAACAUUAAACAUGAAAAAGAUCAACUCUAUGGGUUUAUUCAAAAAAAUGGAGAUUUUGUACUUAAAUGUUAUCGAGGGAAGCAAUAUAAGCCAGAUCACAAGGGACUAAGCUUUGAUAAGGUAUCAGAUAAAGUUGAAUCAGAUGAGAAACUUAAGAAGUGGGGGUUACGUGAAAGAUUACCCAAGGCUGUAAAGCAUCCAUUCCCACUUGUAGAUUUAUCUGGAAAUAAUAUUAAUGUUAAGGAAAUGGAGGACGCCCCAGAAGCUUAUCCAGAUUUCAUGAGUGAGGAACCUACUACAACCCUAAUUCACUCACCUGUUGCCAGCGGAAAAACAAAAACUUUAAGAGAGAUUCUCAAUUCUUUAGCCAAAAGUGAAGCAAAUUUACCUUGUUUUAACUGGGUUUCAUAUUGUAAAACUCUUAGUAAUGAAACUAAAGGUGAAGUCGAAGUAUUACAGAAAUCCAGACUUCACAUGUGCCAUUAUCAGGAAAAUGAAGGUGAUUUAGCCAUAUGUGACUGGGAU